AUGACGGACGAAUGCAAGGCCCUCAAGUGGACGAAACUGCUGAUUGAAGGAACUGAUCUGAUGGGCCGACCAAUCACCGUGGCUAGAGACUUCAAGAAGAUGCUCGAGGACGCUGGAUUUGUCGAUGUCGUCGUGAAGAAGGAGAAGUGGCCUUAUACGCCCUGGCCAAAGGACCCGAAGUACAAAGAGUUGGGCGAAUGGGAUAAGGAGUCGGCGUUGCAAGGGAUUGAAGCCAUCACCAUGGCUCUAUUCACCCGUAUGCUUGAUUGGAGUGUCCCGGAGACGACAGUCUUCUGUGCCGAGGUUCGAAAUGAACUUAAGAGGGUGGACAUCCACGCCUAUUACGACGUUUACUCUGUCUAUGGCCAGAAGCCGGAGAAAGAGCCCUCGCAAGCCCCCGAGAACAACCCGGAGGAGUGA